UUGAAUACCUUCAGUAUGCCUUUACUGAUGGGCCUUUCUCUUUCCUUUUUUUUUUUUUUUUUUGAUUCCUUAGUGGAAUUCCCGAAAGCUCUGUCUUCCUCCUCAUUGCCUGACCAGAGCUGCCCUCAACCUAGGAGGACCUCUCGUUUUGCUCAGUGGAUCAUCAAUCCAACCUUUGACUUGGGAAGCCUUUCCUGUAUCCUGAAGGUAUCAGAGGAUUGCCGGACAGUGACUGUGUCUCAAUUCCGGCAGCCCUAUCCUUGGAGUCAAGAGAGGUUUUCAACCAGCCAGGUCUUAUGUUCCCAGGCCCUGUCUUCUGGGCGGCAUUACUGGGAAGUGGACACGAAGUGCUGCAAUAACUGGGCAGUUGGAGUGGCCUCUUGGGGCAUGAGCCGAGACCGGAUGCUGGGAAGGACUGCAGACUCUUGGUGCAUAGAGUGGAAGGGAACUGGCCAGCUGUCUGCAUGGACCAUGGUCAAAGAAACUGUCCUUGGCUCAGACAGACCUGGGGUGGUGGGCAUCUGGCUGGACCUGGAGGAGAGGAAGCUUGCCUUCUAUUCAGUGGCCAGUCAGGAGAAGCUUCUGUAUGAGUGUGAGAUGGCGGCCUCCUCUCCUCUGCACCCUGCCUUCUGGCUCUAUGGCCUAACUCCUGGAAACUCCCUGAUCAUAAAUCAAGUACGAGUAUAAAGCUUCCUCAGGGGUUAAAACACAGUGGUCUCCUGGCUUCUCUCUCUGCCUUCAAGCAGGUGGCAACUCAACUUAAGAAUCCCACUUUUGAAGUUCAUCCUUUUGUGUGGUACAGGAUUAACAAAGCAGGCUUGAAGUUCUUGAACCCUGCACAUUUCAAAGAAAGGACUGGCCUCUGACAGACUCAAGAGAGGGGACCUAUAAGCCCUUCAAAUAUCUUGCCUGGCAUGAGUGGCUUGGUUUAAGUGGGGGCUUUGGGCCAUGCAGUAUCACCUUGACCUCUGCACGGGCUAGAGAUUAAGUCAGCCAUGUGGGCAGUGAGGCAUGCCUAUGUGACAGAUCCCCAAUAAAAGCAUUGAAUACUGCGGCUUGGGGAACCUUCCCUGAUUGGCAGUACUCCAA